AUGCCUAUAGUGGCUACAAAAUCAGGCACGCUUUCAGGAUCUACCCUAGCCACUCCUCUCUUCCUGCAGUUCCAUCAGAAGAACCUCGAAUUAUCACACAUACACCCUGCAACGUACCCACACUGCCGGAGAUUCUCGUCAACAUGUGCAUGCUUCGCUACAAGUGGUACCGUGGGUCCAUCCCCUCUCCUGUCAACGAGCGCAUCCCGGGCUGCGGACACACAGAGGGAUGGAGAGUCGAACGCUGUGAUGAAGCCCGAGCUCGUUGCAGGGGCGAGUACUGCAAAAAUCCACAACCGAUUCUUCGCCACGAGGACUCCUACACGAUGGGAGACUGUCGUACAUGCAGGGGCCUACGUCCUUUUGUUCUUGACGCCCCUCUAUUUGAGCAACCAGACCAAGUCUAUGGUCCAGAAUACCAGGAACAAGAAGACCGAAGCAAAGCAGCAGAAGAGGAGCGGAGAAAAGAGCAAGAGCAGCAAGAGCCGACAAAGGAAGAAGAACUGCUCCAGUAUGACCCUCACAGCCCAGAAGGAAAAGCGAUUCAUCAGCAGAAUGUCAAUCGAUACGAAGAAGAAAGGCUACGGAAACGAAGUGAAGCCCACCAAAAAUAUCAGAAGCAAAAUGCUGAAUAUCACCGAUCGCAAAUGCGAGAAGCAGCGCUCCGCAAACGACGAGCGGAACUACAUGCAGAGAACCGGCAGCGGAGGAUACGUCAAAUGGAAACAGAACAAGAGCGAUUGCGAAUGGAGAGGCUAG